CAAAAUCUGUCCCUAUAUGCGCCGCUAAAUUUGGUGCUUAUUUGUCCAGACCGAAAUUGGCCCUGAGACUUUCCUAAUCCACGACUUACACGUCUCCAUUACCAGGCGUUCGUCUCUCUCGUCUCUGUCUUUUGGUCGCUUCUACCUACCAUAUUUUCUUCGGGGACCUUUCUUUGAAACGAGUGGAAAAUGGACUCCUUCUCUCAGUUAGCCGAAGGAAAAAUCGAUUUUGAAGGCCAGAGACUGGCUGAACAAAUGUCGAGGAUAUACUUGAUUGCAGUGACGGCAAUAUCCUUCAUCGUCGGCUUUGUGUUACAAUCAUUACAAACAACAUUCAUCCUUUACGGCGUCUCAGUGUUUGUUUUGGCACUUAUUGUGGUCCCUCCUUGGCCGAUGUUCAAUCGACAUGCCGUGACCUGGUUACCACCAACACCGGAGGGAAGCAAAAAGACAUCAUAAUAUCAUGCACAAGGUAUCAUGGGAUCAUUCAACUGUACGGACAAAGUUAUACUCUUCUUUUGUCUGGAGCUGCACCUAGAGCGCAAGGUGUACUGAAUUCGCAUACGAAUAACAUGUUUACCUGGUGAUGAAGUAUUGAUGUAUGUAUUACUGAAGCUGUGUCACUUUCAUCUAUCCUUUUCCUCAAUAAUUUCGGAUGGUACUGUACUGUGCAUACGACUCUCAAUUCUCUUCUGCUCUGCAUCUGUAUCGUUGGUGUAGCUACACAAUAUACCCCGGAAUUACUGUUAAAAAACGUUUGCCAUCAGAUGUCUAGGUGUCGUCCCUUAACCAAAUUAGGCAGCGGACAGCCAGCUCCGACUUUCUACCUUUACCACCGUCCACAGUGACAAAAAUCGGCAACGUUGAGCAGCCCUCCUUGGCAGCGAGCUGCACCAUCUU